AUGUAUGUGCCUACACUUUCAUACAGCCAUGUGGCAUUCAAUGGAAAAUUGGCCGACUUAUUAGUAAAAUCAGGCUACGAUGUGGUCUUAAAGCUACAAGCAGCGUCUGAAGAAAAUUUUCUUUCACAGACACUUUGGAACAAUCCUGGACCUUUUGAAGAUAGUUCAAUUUUGAAUCCUCGAAUUAUAAUCAAGCUCUUAAAAGUUUCUUCAAUUCUACUUGAAUAUUGCCGAGGCUCGUAUAAUUUAUUAAUUUCAUUCUUUUAUAUGCAAUCGGCGGAAAAUAACCUAAUCAUUGAACUGAAACGUGAAAAUUUUGAAUUAGGCAUGAUUGAACAAUAUGAUGCCUGUGGUUUUGGCAUAUUUCAGCUAAUAGGAAUUAAGAAUAUAGUUUGGUUGAGUGCAACAGCCAUUUAUGGACCGCAACCUGCAGCCCUUGGCAUCAAGUACCCUCUAUCUUAUCUUCCUGAAUUGCUAUCGCCCAUGGAUGAUAGAAUGUCUUUUAUACAACGUGUUGAAAAUGUGCUAAUUGCUACGCUUUCUAAAAGAGCGCAGUCAAUCAUCGCAAACACAUCACCGUUGCUUGAUUUUCCAGCGCCAAUGAGUGAAAAAAUUUUACAUGUUGCUGGCUUUACUGUAAUGAAACAGAAAUAUAUUUUAAACAAGUUUUGGUCGCAAAUAGCCAAUUCUUCAUCGGAAGGUUUUAUGAUAAUGUCAUUUGGUUCAAUUGCUAAAAUUUCGCAAAUGGACGAUCGUAUGAGAAAUAUAUUCUUCGAAAUUUUCCGUUCAUUUCCACGAAUUAAUUUCAUCGUUAAAUACGAAACAAUCGACGAACCAGUGAAAAAGAUCGAGGACAAUAUAUUUCUUGCUAAAUGGAUUCCACAGAUCGAACUUAUGAGCCACGAAAAAUUUAUUGCAAUCAUAACACAUGGUGGUUGGAGUUCAGUACUUGAAUCGCUAAUCUAUAGUCGGCCGAUGAUUCUAAUGCCACUUUUUGGAGAUCAUUUUAAAAAUGCUCAAGUUAUACGGCAAAAACAAAUUGGUGUUAUCAUAGACAAAAAUGGAAUGGAUAAAAAGUUUUCGGAAUUGUCGGAAAAGAAAGUUGAGAUUUUAGCAAAAUUCGAUAUCGUCUAA